AAUAUUUCGUGUCACUAAUAAACAUGGCGGCAAACAACCGCGAUAGUUUAUUCAUUUUACUUUGCCUUCUUUCGAAUAUAUGUUUCUCAAUUAUAAUUGUCAUCCUCAACAAAUGGAUAUAUACACACUAUGGUUUUCCAAAUAUAACGAUGACUUGUGUACACUUUGUCUUCACGACGAUGGGAUUACUUUUAUGUCAAUAUUUUAAUAUCUUUCAACCUAAAACUUUACCACUGUUAAAAAUGCUUCCUCUAUCUCUAUCAUUUUGCGGAUUUGUCGUAUUUACAAAUCUAUCAUUACAGUUUAAUUCAGUUGGGACAUAUCAAUUAGCUAAGACAAUGACUACGCCCUGUAUUAUACUCAUUCAGACUUAUUUUUAUAAUAAAGAUUUUUCCCUCCAAAUAAAACUAUCUUUACUGCCCAUAGCUCUGGGUGUAUUUAUGAAUUCAUAUUAUGAUAUUAAAUUUAACUUUAUUGGGACUUUCUUUGCAACGAUUGGUGUUUUAGUAACAUCCAUUUAUCAAGUGUGGGUUGGUGAAAAACAAAAAGAACACGAAGUGAAUUCAAUGCAAUUGCUGUAUUAUCAAGCUCCGCUGUCUGCGACAUUGCUGAUGUUUAUCAUUCCAUUUUUUGAACCAGUUUUUAGUUCAAGAGGGAUAUUCUCGUCCUGGUCUCCAGAGGCAGCGAUUAUGGUCUCGUUAUCCGGUGUGGUUGCAUUUUCCGUUAAUAUGAGUAUAUUCUGGAUUAUUGGAAAUACAUCACCUCUAACGUACAAUAUGGUUGGACACUUGAAAUUCUGCCUAACAAUGCUUUUUGGAUAUAUAUUCUUUAGAGAUCCCUUACAUUCCCUUCAAAUUCUUGGAGUUUUUACAGCAAUAUGCGGAGUUUUUGUUUAUACACAUUAUAAACUUCAAGAAAGGAAAAAGGAUUCUCAACUUCCGUUAACGAAUAACGAUAAAUGA